UGUGGGCCAGGAACCUAGGGAGCAGCCUGUGGGCCAGGAACCUAGCGAGCAGCCUGUGGGCCAGGAACCUAGCGAGCAGCCUGUGGGCCAGGAACCUAGCGAGCAGCCUGUGGGCCAGGAACCUAGCGAGCAGCCUGUGGGCCAGGAACCUAGCGAGCAGCCUGUUGGCGAGCCUUUGGGUCAGCAACCUAGCGAGCAGCCUGUGGACCAGGAACCUAGCGAGCAGCCUGUGGACCAGGAACCUAGCGAGCAUUCUGUAGGCCAAGAACCAAGCGAGCAGCCUGUGGGCCAGGAACCGUUUGGAGAGCAGCCUGUGGGCCAGGAUCCUAGCGGCGAACCUGUGGGUCAAGAUCCUGGAGAGCAGCCUGUGGGCCAGGAACAUAGCGAGGUUGUGGGCAGCGAACCUGUUGGAGAGCAGCCUGUGGGCCAGGAACAUAGCGAGGAUGUGGGCAGCGAACCUGUUGGAGAGCAGCCUGUGGGCCAGGAACCAAGUGAGAUUUUAGGUAAUGAACUUAGCGAGCAUGUUGGUGAACCUCUGGGCCAGGAUCCUAGCGAGCAGCCUGUGGGCCAGGAUCCUAGCGAGCAGCCUGUGGGCCAGGAACCUAGCGAGCAGCCUGUGGGCCAAGAGCCUGUGGACCAGGAACCUGGCGAGCAGCCUGUGGCCCAGGCACCUGUUGGAGAGCAGCCUGUAGGCCAGGAACUUAGCAAGCAGCAUGUUGGUGAGCCUUUGGGUCAGGUAACUAGUGAGAUUUUGGGUAAUGAACUUAGUGAGCAUGUUAGAGAGCCUGUGGGCCAGGCACUUAGCCAUUCUAUGGGCCAAGAGCCUGUGGGCCAUGAACCUGGAGAGCAGCCUGUGAUCCAUGACCCUGUGGGCCAAGAACCUAGUGAGCCUGUGGCCCAGGCACCUGUUGGAGAGCAGCCUGUGGGCCAGGAACUUAGCCAGCGGCCUGUGGGCCAGCCUAUGGGUCAGGAACCUAGCAAGCCUUUGGGCCAAGAACCUAGUGAGCAUGUUGGAGAGCCUGUGGCCCAGGCACCUGUUGGAGAGCAGCCUGUGGGCCAGGAACCAAGUGAGAUUUUAGGUAAUGAACUUAGCGAGCAUGUUGGUGAACCUCUGGGCCAGGAUCCUAGCGAGCAGCCUGUGGGCCAGGAUCCUAGCGAGCAGCCUGUGGGCCAGGAUCCUAGCGAGCAGCCUGUGGGCCAGGAACCUAGCGAGCAGCCUGUGGGCCAAGAGCCUGUGGACCAGGAACCUGGCGAGCAGCCUGUGGCCCAGGCACCUGUUGGAGAGCAGCCUGUAGGCCAGGAACUUAGCAAGCAGCAUGUUGGUGAGCCUUUGGGUCAGGUAACUAGUGAGAUUUUGGGUAAUGAACUUAGCGAGCAUGUUAGAGAGCCUGUGGGCCAGGCACUUAGCCAUUCUAUGGGCCAAGAGCCUGUGGGCCAUGAACCUGGAGAGCAGCCUGUGAUCCAUGACCCUGUGGGCCAAGAACCUAGUGAGCCUGUGGCCCAGGCACCUGUUGGAGAGCAGCCUGUGGGCCAGGAACUUAGCCAGCGGCCUGUGGGCCAGCCUAUGGGUCAGGAACCUAGCAAGCCUUUGGGCCAAGAACCUAGUGAGCAUGUUGGAGAGCCUGUGGCCCAGGCACCUGUUGGAGAGCAGCCUGUGGGCCAGGAACUUAGCCAGCAGCCUGUUGGCGAGCCUUUGGGUCAGCAACCUAGUGAGCCUUUGGGCCAAGACCCUAGUGAGCAUGUUGGAGAGCCUGUGGGCCAGGAACCAAGUGAGAUUUUGGGUAAUGAGCUUAGCUAUCAUGUUGGAGAGCCUGUGGGCCAGGAACCAAGCGAGCAGCCUGUGGGCCAGGAACCAAGCGAGCAGCCUGUGGGCCAGGAACCAAGCGAGCAGCCUGUGGGCCAGGAACCAAGCGAGCAGCCUGUGGGCCAGGAACCUAGCGAGCAGCCUGUGGGCCAGGAACCUAGCGAGCAGCCUGUGGGCCAGGAACCUAGCGAGCAGCCUGUGGGCCAGGAACCUAGCGAGCAGCCUGUGGGCCAAGCACGUAGCGAGCAGCCUGUGGGCCAAGCACGUAGCGAGCAGCCUGUGGGCCAGGAACCUGGAGAGCAGCCUGUGGGCCAAGAACUUAGUGAGCCUGUGGCCCAGGCACCUGUUGGAGAGCAGCCUGUGGGCCAGGAACUUAGCCAGCAGCCUGUUGGCGAGCCUUUGGGUCAGCAACCUAGUGAGCCUUUGGGCCAAGACCCUAGUGAGCAUGUUGGAGAGCCUGUGGGCCAGGAACCAAGUGAGAUUUUGGGUAAUGAACUUAGCGAGCAUGUUGGAGAGCCUGUGGGCCAAGAACUUAGCCAUUCUAUGGGCCACGAGCCUGUGGGUCAUGAACCUGGAGAGCAGCCUGUGGGCCAUGACCCUGUGGGCCAAGAACCUAGUGAGCCUGUGGGCCAGCAACCUGUUGGAGAGCAGCCUGUGGGCCAGGAACUUAGCCAGCAGCCUGUUGGCGAGCCUUUGGGUCAGCAACCUAGCGAGCCUUUGGGCCAGGAACCUAAUGAGCAGCCUGUGGGCCAGGAACCUAGCGAGCAGCCUGUGGGCCAGGAACCUAGCGAGCAGCCUGUGGGCCAGGAACCUAGCGAGCAGCCUGUGGGCCAGGAACCUAGCGAGCAGCCUGUGGGCCAGGAACCUAGCGAGCAGCCUGUGGGCCAGGAACCUAGCGAGCAGCCUGUGGGCCAAGAACCAAGCGAGCAGCCUGUGGGCCAAGAACCAAGCGAGCAGCCUGUGGGCCAAGAACCAAGCGAGCAGCCUGUGGGCCAAGAACCAAGCGAGCAUUCUGUAGGCCAAGAACCAAGCGAGCAGCCUGUGGGCCAGGAACCGUUUGGAGAGCAGCCUGUGGGCCAGGAUCCUAGCGAGGAUGUGGGCAGCGAACCUGUUGGAGAGCAGCCUGUGGGCCAGGAACCAAGUGAGAUUUUAGGUAAUGAACUUAGCGAGCAUGUUGGUGAACCUCUGGGCCAGGAACCCAGCGAGCAGCCUGUGGGCCAGGAACCCAGCGAGCAGCCUGUGGGCCAGGAACCCAGCGAGCAGCCUGUGGGCCAAGAGCCUGUGGUCCAGCAACCUAGAGGAGAGUCUGUGGGCCAGGUACCUGUUGGUGUGCCUUUGGGCCAGAAACCUAGCCAGGAUGAAGACCCUGAGAGCUCCCAGUCCAAGCAGACUUCUGAGAACCCUUUGACUUGGCGCUAUCCUAAAGUUGCAACGCCUGAGCACAAGCCUACUGUGUCUGAGCGGCUGAAGCAGGUGGCUGCCAACAGUGUGUCUGCUCAGUGUGGGGAGAGUGUUGUCCGUGUGCAGGUGAACCAGGACCUGCUGGGGAUUGGCCGGCUCAUCCAGCCGGAGCGUAUCACUCUAGGAGGUUGUGCUGCCACUGAGGAGGAUGCUGAAGCUCAUGUGCUCAUCUUUGAAUCAGAGCUGCAUGGCUGUGGCAGUGAGCUGACGAUGACUGAGGAUGUGCUGAUCUACACCUUCACUCUUGUCUAUGAGCCAAAACCUGUUGCUAACACUGCUAUAUUGAAGACCAGUGCAGCUAUGGUUGAUAUUGAGUGCCUCUACUUGAGGAAUCACAAUGUGAGCAGCAAUGCCCUGAAGCCGACCUGGAUCCCCUACACUUCCAACAUGGUGGCAGAGGAACUCCUCUACUUCUCCCUGAGGUUAAUGACUGCUGACUGGCAGUUUGAGAGGCCCUCCAACCAUUACCAUCUAGGUGACAUCAUCAACAUGGAAGCCUCGGUCAUGCCGUACCACCACGUUCCCCUCCGUGUCUUUGUGGACCGCUGUGUCGCUACCUUGGCGCCUGAGGUUCACACUGUCCCUAGAUAUUCUUUCAUUGAGGACCAUGGGUGUCUGGUUGAUGCCAAGUUGACCGGCUCCAGCUCCCAGUUCCUGUCCAGAUCCCAGGAUGACAAGAUCCAGUUUCAGCUGGAGUCCUUCAGGUUCCAAACACAGAAUGAUUCCCAACAGCUCUACAUAACAUGUCAUCUGAAAGCAACUGCAGCCUCGUCCCCCAUUGAUGCUGAGAACAAGGCCUGCUCUUUCACAGAUGGCUGGAAGGCUGCAGGUGGGGAUGACCAGGUUUGUGGCUGCUGUGACUCCAGCUGUGUUGCAAGCAAGGCUAGAGAUCUGGACAGUGAUUCAGAUGUGCAGAAGGAAGGUGAAGCUACCAUGGGCCCUAUCAUGGUCCAAGAGUAAUAUUACAAGAAUGUUGCCUUUAAACUGUUUUGGGUGAAUGAACUUAUUACUUUACAAAUUUCACAUCUGACAUGAUUUAUUUGGAAUGUAAAAUUCAGGAAUGUGUAGCUGAUCACUUUCAUUCCCAGAACUUUCAUGAGCUACAUUUCUCAGGUUUGUAACAUUGCUACUGAAUUGUUCCCUUGGGCCCUAUCAAUUUCCAGGAGUGAUUUGUCAAUUGACUACUUGAUUUUUUUGGAAAAUAAACAUUUUAAAGUUUCUGGAUUCAUGUGCGCUUGACUUGUGAUGUUUGUGAGGGUAAGUCCAAUAUGUCAGUUUAGGCAGGAGGCAUUAGUCUGAACUGACCUUGACGCUAUAACAGAAGCUUGGAGAAAUGGAGAAAUGGCUGAUUUGGGGCUGGAAGAGGCCAGCUGAGUGUCGAACCCUCCUAUCACCAGCACCGACCGUAAGAACACUAACUGCCGGAGCCCAUACUUUUCUGAAACUUGACUUCCUGUAUUUGUAAAUGGGUGACUCAAAAGC